AUGGCGACUUCUUCUAUCACCAUACCAACCAUUCGUGGAACCAAGUUUCUCGGCCAGACACAUCUCUUUUCAACUCCAAACAGAUCAGUUUUCCCGCCUCAAAAACAGCUAUCAAACGUUCAAAGAGUAAAGGCCAUGGCUAAGUUCAACCUAUGGGAAGUGAUGGGAGGAAGAGGCUUAUGCAACGGAGAGAAAGGUAUUGAGAAGGAGCUCCAGAGAAACAUAGAGGAAGAGACUUCAAAGACUGAGAACGAGACCAAGAAAGAGAGUGAUGACAGUAACUUGUCGUUUAAAGUACCAGAAGACGGUUUCGAGAAAGAGAUGAUGGGUCUCACCGGAGGCUUCCCCGGCGGCGAAAAGGGACUCAAAACGUUCAUUGAACAAAACCCACCACCUCCACCACCACCACCAACACAACCACCUUCGAAGCAAGGAAGCGAUGUUUCAGCUAUAGAGAAGAAGCCGAGAGCUCCGGAGUUACCUCUUCUAAUGCCGGGGAUGAUAGCAAUAGUGAAGAACACGAACAGUCCUUACCACAUGUACUGUGGGAUAGUGCAGAGGAUCACGGACGGGAAAGCUGGUGUGUUGUUCGAAGGAGGGAACUGGGACCGUCUGAUAACGUUCAGGCUUGAAGAGCUCGAAAGAAGAGAGAAAGGUCCACCUGGUAAGAAUCCAAAGUCUUGUGUUCUUGAGCCUCUUAUUGAACAGUUGCAAAAUGAGGCUGCACCAUAA